AUGGACAAAAAUCUCCAAGUGUUUGGAGAGAAGUACAAUCUUGAGAUACAAAUUCUUUCCGCCAAACUCACAAAAAUAGAUAAAGGUGAUUGUGACCCUUAUGCAUCAUGUAAAGUUGGUGAAGUGAAGUAUCGCACUGAAACUGCCAAGAAAACCACCGACCCGAUUUGGAAUGGUCCUCCAAUGAUUUUAGAGAUCACUCCACAAACAAAGGAGAUCGUAGUGAGUGUAAACAAACAUGGAUAUUUGGGUAACAAAAUCGAAUUGGGCAGUGCAAAGAUCAUUCUAUCUCGUUUAGGCAAUGACAUCUCGACAACAUCAUGGUACGACCUUUUAAUGAACAACGAAAAGAUCGGCACCAUCCAAUGCAAAUUUAAGCGUCAAAAAGGGAAGACGGAAGAGAGUGAAAUUGAAAAGGGGUGGACGGACAUGUUAUCAUCAGUUCAUGCCGUUCUCAAACAUCAUCCACUUACAACAGCGGAGGUACAGUACUACAUGGGGUCAGAGAAAAAGGCUGAAACACCGUCGAAGAGAGAAAAAGUGCUUGGCCCGAUCAGUGGCUUUGUGAAAAUAGAAAUCGACGCCCCCAUAUUAGAUUUUUCUAUUGGACAAAAAGGAACGUAUUCCGUCUUGAUCCCACCAACACUCGAAUUACCUCACGAGUUUUGGCUCGAAAUAUUUCCAGAUGGGUUGGUUGUCUCAAAAACCCCACGAAAACCGACGUUAGUCCCUCUCUUUAACUUCUCCGUGGAACAUCAAUACUACACGUUCUUGAUCUCCGACACUAAAAAGGUCGUUGAAGGACAGACCGUCUUUUUUCCUGUCGCUAUUGGCUUUGUAUCACCUUAUCCAUUGUAUGAAGUGAUGAGGAGAAUGCUUUUGGUGAUAUACGAGAACUGUCCCAGUAGCGAAGAGUCUCUGGACAUCAUCGAUUUUCCAGACGAGAACACUAAAAGCCCAACAGCAGUGAGGGGUAAGAGCAAUACUGUCUUGAGUAAUGCGCAAAUAGUUAAAGGGAUAUACGAAUUGAUGAAUGUGGAGAGCUUGGCAUAUGGCGGGUAUGUGAAAUACAAAUAUGGGAAUCUGAACAUCGAGCUCAGACUCCCUUUGAAAUAUUCACUGCCGAGUUUUAACACAACGAUAUACCCGAUGUUUUCCAUAUUUAAUGUGUCUGGUGUGACAACCAUCUUUUUGUUGUUGAUGACAAACCUCAAGAUUAUCGUCUUCGCGCAGAGUCAAACCCUUUUAACGACUAUCAUUGAUAACAUGGUCUCCUUAUUAUUCCCAUUUCCACCAACACAAAAAGUCUUUCCUAUACUUCCAUACAAAAACUUGAAUGUGUUAUCUGGGAGUGAUACAUUUAUAGCAGGAGUGCCAUUAAAGUACCGAGAAGAGGCGAUGAAACAGAUUGGAGAGGAGGAGCACGUUGUUGUUGAUUUGGAGUUGGGGACAAUCGACAUUAAAGUGUCGAAAGAGCAACUUGAAUUUCCAGUGGAGAUGACUGUCGAAUUACAAAAUGAGUUGAACAACGCGUACAAAGAAAAGUAUUUCGAAAUGGACCAGCUUGGAAACGAGCCUUAUGAUGACCGCUAUUUUUCGAUCUCGACAAGCGCCUUUAAUAUGAAAGUCCGGAUUGCGUUCUUUAGAUUUCUCACACGACUUUUAGAGGGGUACGACGAAUAUAUCAAUUUUGUGUGGGUUGCAGAUAAAGUUGUGUACGACUUCGACGUGUUUUCAUUCUUUUUCACGAAGAGCUUUGACUGCGAGCCGUUGAUCAAACACUUCUGUGAGAGCGGAACGUUCAUGAGUUUCAUUCAAGAAGAAGGAGCCGAGAAUGUUGCAGCGGAGUUGAUCAACUUCUACUCAAAGACUAAGAAAAUCAUAAACAUCACACCAACCAACGCGAACAUCAUUAAGGAAUACAGAGACAUCGGCGCAUUUUCUAUUGAUUGGAAAGACUUGAAGAAGCUCCGAGAAGGCGAAAGUAGUAUUCGGUUGACGAAGCAAAUGCAGAGGGACAAGACUUAUGUCAACGAGUUGGACAAAUUGAAAAACCCAAGGGAGAAAGCAAAAGAGAAACACGUCUGGGUUGCCGUCUUCGAGCGGUAUGUUGACGACUUAAUCCGUGGCGAGGAGGGCGACAUGACAAAGGUGUACCACUGUGUAUCAAAUCAAGCCGGUCGUCACCUGUUGUUGAAGAUUUUAAGUGAGCGUGGGGAGAAAAUGAAGAGUAAAGGAUGUUUAGAAGAAGUUCCCUUCCAGAGUGUAGUAGGGUUAAUGAAAACACUGGUGGAGUACUGUCGAAGCGAUCACGAUAUCGAAACGCCAUUAGGCAUCAUCGACGUAGCGACGAAGUACUGUUGCAAAGUCGAUUCGAUGACAUACAAAUUUGUUAUUGAUGAAUUAGGUAUGGCGGAGGUGUGGAAUAACAAAAAGAUAUGGUAUCGAGCAUUCAAUCAAGGGAUGGUCCAAUUCAAGAGAACGAUCUAUGGUGAGUUGUAUAAUAACAAAUUAGAAGAGACUUGGAAGACACUGCCAAAGGAGCAACAAGACAAAUUCAGGGAGAAAGAAGAAAACGGGUUGAUCACGACUUUACACAUCAUCGCAAAGAACAUGAAAAUUAUUGGAUUAAACGACAAAGUGAUCAACGAGGUCAUUGAGUAUUGUGAGGAUUACGUUCACGUUGGUGCCGAUGUGCGUGCAAUGGUGAUAAAUGUUCUCAGAGUCAUCAUCGAAAAUGACUCGAAGCUCCUCAGAUAA